AUGAGUCCAUCCAAUCCUACCCAGGCGCGCCGCAGUGAUCGCAUUCGUACCAUCACGUCCAACACAGUCUCGAGCAAGCAACCACGCAAAGCUCCCAAGCGCAAACGAUCAGAUGAUGAUGAACCCUCGACUGAAAAGCGCCAGAAAAAGGCUUCCAACAAGCAUCUCGAAGUUUCGGCGCGUAGCGCAGCUCUUGAAGCCUCUCAACGCGCUUUCGUCAAAAAACACCGCGCCCUCUUCCUCGAACUCCUUCCACAGUCUCAUCACGCAGUCUUGAUCAAGCAGACUGAUGCUGUCAAACUUCCACCAGUUGGUCUCGAAGCGUUGCCUCAGCCAAUGACGGUGCAAGGAAAAAUGAAGUCUUACCAACUCCACGGCCUCAGUUUCCUGGUGUACAUGCAUCGCAACGGCAUGAAUGGCAUUUUGGGGGACGAGAUGGGAUUAGGAAAAACACUUCAAACAUUAUCACUGUUGGUUUACUUCAAGGAGCAAGCUCCAGAUGACUCGCAGACGUCUCACCUGAUCAUCUGUCCGCUCUCUGUGCUGUCAUCAUGGCAAAACGAAAUCAAGAAAUGGACCUCACUCACGAGUUGUACCCUCCAUGGCUCGCCUGCUGAACGCAAUCGGCUCACCAAACAGCUUGGAGCGCUAGAGUCAGCCCACCAAUUCGAUAUUGUAUUGACCACCUAUGAAGGCUAUGAAGCGGAACAGGGAUGGUUCAAGUAUCCGGCUCGAGCGUGGGGAUAUGUGAUUUUGGAUGAGGGUCACCGAAUAAAGAACUGGGAUACCCAGCUUGCACAAUCUCUUCAGCCGAUCCGAUCGUCUCAUCGACUCAUUUUGACUGGUACACCAGUCCAAAAUAAUUUGGUCGAACUCUGGAGCUUACUGCAUUGGUUGCUUCCUCAUAUUUUCACCCCUAACACACUCUCUGGGUUUUCAAGAGCAUUCGAUCUGAGCGCAGGAAGUUACAACACAACUUUUCUCAAUUCUAGUCGGCGUUUACUCAAUCUCUUGAUGCUCAGACGAACAAAGGAUAGCGUUCAAAGCCAGCUCUCAGUCCCUCCUCGAAAAGAGAUCACUCUUUACCUUCCCAUGUCUCCGUGCCAACGCUUUUGGACCAAAAGGUUGAUUAUGAAAUCCGAUAUGGCUUCCUUAAACCAAAUCUUCCAAACUGCUGGUGGCGACAAUGACCCAGUGAACGCCUCGAAUGCAAUAACCAAUACUGGUGGGACCAGCACGCCCCUCUCGCUCGAUAAGGUCACCACUCAUGUGAAGGAAGUGAAGGAGCUCAGUAAACAAAUAUCAUAUGCAAUCGAGUCUGAGACCAAAGAUACAUCCAACUCGUACACGCGAUUGAUGAACUUAUUAAUCCAACUUCGCAAGGUUUGCGAUCAUCCUUAUCUGAUGCCAAACUCGGAGCCAGAGCCAUUUGAGGUUGCUGAGCACGUAGUUGAAGCGUCAAACAAACUUAUACUACUCGACAAACUGCUUACUAGUCUGAUACCUCAAGGCAAACGGAUCCUUAUAUUCAGUGGCUUCACCAGGAUGCUCGACAUUUUGGAGGACUUUCUCAAUUUACGCUCCAUUGGUUUUCUACGAUUAGAUGGUGGCACUAGUCGACCUCGUCGAUCGCUCAACAUUCGACUCUUUCAAAACUCUUUCCAGGGACAACUGCCUAAGCCAGUCUUUCUCAUAUCUACCUCAGCAGGAGGGCUGGGGAUCAACCUCACCGCUGCAGAUACAGUCGUACUUUACGAUUCAAGCUGGAACCCACAAGUAGAUAUACAGGCGAUUGCCCGGGCCCAUCGUAUUGGUCAAACGAGGCCGGUCACUGUUUAUCGGCUUAUCUGUGCAGCCUCGGUGGAGGAGCAGAUGUUGAGCCGUCUACGCAAAAAGCUAUAUCUUUCACUCAAGAUCAUGGAGGCCAAUAAUGGGAAUCAGGAACAGGAAACAGCCGAGACCAUCGAGACGGAGGAAAAGAUGAAAAUGUCCACGGGAGAACUUUGCGCGAUACUCAGAGGUGGUGCACGAGUCUUUGAUAAUGCGAACUCAGUUCAGAGCAGCUCAGUUCCGAUGGAGGAUGAGGAUCUUGAAGACAUUCGCUCAGGAUAUCGUGGGUUUAUUGACUCCAGUUUCGAGGAGAUUUUGGAGACCGCGAGACAAGAGGAGCAAAAGACAAAGCAAAAGUUAGAGAACGAAGUGAAUGGAGAACAAUCAGUUGAGGAUGAAAAAGAAGAGUUAGAAUUGUUACAGGGAAUCGAGAGAGUUCGGACGCGAAUGUUUGAGGGUAAAAAAUACCUUGCUAAUCGCAGCCAAAAGCAAAUUGGGGAAGAUUGGGUGAACUUGCAGCGGAAUGACAGGGCAAGAAAGUUGCGAACACAGAUGGUAGAUGGACAUGCUGUUGAGAAUGACACAAUGGGUAACGUGCGAUGGGAAGCGGUAAAGACAAUUACAAGUGAUAUAAACGCAUUGCUAAAACUCCAGGACACGAAACGGACGAAACGCAAGUUUGAUCACGAAGAAGCUUGUAUCGUCUGUCACGAUGGCGGAGAGCUAUACCUUUGCAAUCAUUGCCCUAGGGUCGGACAUGCAAAGUGUUUGGGUUGGUCCAAUAAAAAAUUGAACCAAAGUACCACUUUUAUAUGUACUCAACAUUCAUGUACCAGUUGUGGUCGAAGUACGAACGAUUCGGGUGGAAUGCUUUACCGCUGCCAGACUUGUUCCGACGCAUAUUGUGAAGAAUGCUUACCUGAAGAGGAUUUCCAUCCGAUUGGGGAAGCCAUACCGGAAUUCAUCUUGUUAGGGUAUGGGCCAAUUAGUUCGGCAUAUUACAUUCGGUGUGUGGAAUGUAUAAAGCAUUUCAAAGCGAACCCUGAAACACUCAAAAUGUGGGAGGAAGAAGACGCAAGGAUCUUGGGACAACUCAAAGAGAAUGGUAUUCCAUUUCGUCCUUGA